GAGUGGUCGCGCGUGAUAAGGCUCGGACGAUAGAAGCGCGUGCCUCGUAUCGCGAACGGUGCGUGCACUCCGAGGAGACUCGUGCCAUCGACGUAGCAGUGCGAAACGCCAGGAGGAUUUUCGUUUACGGAGAUGCGUGCCGCAACCUGCCGCGACAGUGACGUGGUGAUUCGUUCGCCGUUACGUUGCCGACGCGAGUAAAAUCGUAGGCCGUGUAAGCGCAGUGACCGGAGAUCAGAGAAAACACCUUCCCUUUUUUUUUCUUCUACUCCCUUUCCACCGCUCGUUCUCGUGUUCACGGAUAUUAUUUUCAACACGUAUCAAGAGAUCUGAUUGUGAUAGCUACAAGUGAAUAAUCGUAAUCUGCUUGUGUGACUUGUACUUGGAGCGGUGCGGCUCGCCUUGCCCUUCGCGGUCGUCACGCCUCGUCGUACGACCCGACGGAAAUUUAGGAUUAUCUGGCCACCAUUUGGUCCUUUUCGUCCAGUUGACGCAUCCUCGAACCGGCAGCGGCUAUGACGGCGGACAGCCUGUUCGAGACUACCAGCAUCCCGGGGCAUCUCGCUCCCACGCCCCAGAGACUCGAGAGGCUUCUCUCGAAACAGACCCUCGAAGAGCUCUACGAGGUCGAGGAACAACCUUUCGCACGAGGCAAAUACGCAACGGUGAGGAGAUGUCGGGAGAGAUCCAGCGGACGACAGUGGGCCGCCAAGUUCCUGAGGAAGAGGCGACGAGCGCAGGAAUUAAGGGCGGAAGCACUUCACGAGGUCGCGGUGCUGGAUGCCGCGGCGAAUUGUUCGCGCCUGGUGUCUCUUCAUCAGGUCUUCGAGACGAACAACGAGAUGGUCUUGGUUCUGGAGUUGGCCCCCGGUGGUGAGUUGCAAAUGAUACUGGACAGAGACGAAGUUCCGGAGGAGCGACAGGUCGCCAGAUUGUUGAAGCAGAUUUUGGACGGAAUUGCCUUCCUGCAUUCCCUGAACGUGGCCCAUCUGGACAUCAAGCCGCAAAAUCUGGUCCUCACUGGCGAGUUCCCCGACUGUGACGUGAAGCUCUGCGACUUUGGUAUCUCGCGGUACAUCAGUCAUGGCGCGGACAUACGGGAGAUUUUGGGCACGCCCGAUUAUGUUGCCCCAGAGGUGUUGAACUACGAGCCGAUCAGCUUGGCGACCGACAUGUGGUCCGUGGGAGUUUUGCUGUACGUCCUGUUAACGGGAUGCUCUCCGUUCGGUGGUGACACGAAGCAGGAAACGUUCUGCAACAUCAGCCGAUGUCGACUGGACUUCCCCGACGACCUGUUCGAAGACGUGUCCGAGGCUGCGCGCGAUCUGAUGUGCAAGCUGAUGGUCAAGGAUCCAAACGAACGCCUAACCGUCACAGAAUGUCUCCAACACACGUGGUUUAACAUGUUCGACGAUCCUCAGCCACCUCCUUGUACAGUCAGCUGUCCAACGUUAGACCAGUCUACGAUCGAGACGACAACGACUACGCAGGAAACGAAAUCAACCACGAUAAUCACGGAAUCAUCGACGGCGCUGUCAUCGACUCCAAAGAACGACUCGGAGAAACACGGUCAAAGGUCGUCGACCACAAACAUCUGCCAAAGCGCAGAUUCGAAGACAGUGGUGACUCGGGCCGUGUCCUCGCAUACGGAAAACUUGUAUUCGAAAUCGAAGUUAUCGACGAAACCGAUCAGAUUUGGUCUGAGUCCCGAUCGCAGGGACACCUUCAAGAGGAACAUGGACUCUCUGGCGCAGAAAUUUUCCGGAACUGAGAUCGUGAUCAUCGAGUCAGCGACGUCUACCGGUGCGAGCGUCGCGACCAACGCGGUCACCGGGACGCAGAGGAGGGCGACGGCAACGCACACGAUGCCAGCUGGAGAAGUGUUCAAAUGCACGCCCGUGUUCAUUCUGGGCGAGGAGCAGCAGUGCAGCGACAGUGGCAGCGACACCGUCUCCGAGAUCUCGACGGACAGCUCGAGCGAUCGAAGCAGCAUCUACUCGGACGAUUCGCUGGAUUUCAUUCUGUACGGAAAGAAUCAGAGUAGAGCCAGCUAUCCGUUUGCGGCGACAGAUUCCACGUCGGACAGAUGGGAGUCGAGGCACCAGCAGCAGCAUCACGCGAGGGUUUGGCCCAAGGUGUGCAACGGAGUGGUGAGCAAGGUACUCAGCCGUUUCUCCUCGGAAACGACGAACGCGAAAGUCGCGAAGAUGUCGAGCCCGGCGACGAUGCAGGGAAAGACCAGUCUGGAAGCACUUCGGGAACGAGGAGGCAACCUGGUGGUGAUCCGGGAACCCGUCAGAGCCGGCAGGUACACCAGGUACAGCGAAGUGCAGUGCGAGUCGGUGAAAGCACGGAUUCGACGGUUCCAAGUUCACGGAGCCUCGUAGACAGGAGGCUAUCUUAUCCGUGACGAGCUUCCUUGAGCAGCUUCCAAGUCUCGAGUCAGCGAUUGGACGAUCGCAAGACUCGUUGUACAUAUAAUUUACGGUGUACAGUAUAGUUCGGUAUCGCGCGUCACGAGGAAUCGGUACUCGAUCGAAAUUAGCUGGCCAGAUAUCGCGCCGAAAGCGUUACAAAGAACGCGGUACAGUUUUAAAGAACAGGCUGUGUUCCUCUUGCUGGAGAAGCAAAGAUUAGCUCGAGUAAAUGUUUGUUUGUUCGGCGUAAAACAUAACAAUUCUGUAAUCGAAACAUUCAUUUUUUAUCGUCGUUCGAGAUUUUUAACUAGAUGCGAAUUUGCCCGUCUCCUUCCGGGGAGACGUCGUUUCCGCUCAGGAUGUGUCUGUUACGGGAUACUCUGUUUCAGCAAGUGCUUGUAAAUAAAUAAAGAGAGAAAUGGCGCGAGUACCGAUCGUUCGUAACGAGCGUUGUAAAUAUUCGGACGACCGAGAUUCUACGAGAGGGAAGAACAGAAAUCGACAACGGGUCGGUGUUGCUCGCGGCGUCGAAUUUCGAGGGUUUUAUCGUACAAUAAUGCAACAGUGAAUCGAAGAUUAGUCGUUGUAAAUAAGAGAGAUUGGAUUCGAGAUGGCAGGGUCUUUUUUUUUUUUGUUUGUUUUUGAAUGAUUGAGCGAUAGAAUGCGAGAGAGCGAGACACGUCGUCCGGCAGCUCGUUGUCUGCCAUUACCGAUAGACUGACUGGUCUGGUCGUCCGUUCAAGCUGAAUGAAAAAUGAGCGGAAUGCGAGUUGCAUCGAGUCGCUGGCGAAAUGAAAGUCUGCGCCGCGAAAGAUCGUCGCGUCUCGGUACUGCGCAGGUCACGAACCUCGCAAUUAUUACGUAAUCUAAAAAAUGUCAGGCAUAUGUCAGACUUUGCUCGGAAUUCCAGAGUAGCGACGAUCGUUUACUCGCGAAAAUUAGCACUAGGUCAGAGUCGGGCAAACUUUAUUCACGAAUAACGAAUAAAAACGUUAAAUUUGUCAGUAAACUAACUUCUGUAUCGUAACUUACAUAUCGUUCGUAAAUUUAUUUGUAUACUAGAUCCAUUAGUGGAUUUUUUAAACUUACACGCAGACGAGUAGGAGCUAGUUUUACGAACGAAUUGAACAUUUUCAUUUGUUGGUUGCGAAUAAAAUUUGCUCUGGCGUCUGGCGCUGGCUCGCUCAAGCAACUCGGUGCCAGCCGGUGAAUUCGCCCAACUAGCCAUAAUCGUAAUCGAUCAUCGCGAUAUUAGUAAUCGAAAUUCGAUAACUUUGGUGCCUUUAAAAUAAGCGUUAAGAGCGGUCGUUUUUUAGUCGUUUACUAAAAAUAUUCGAACGUUUGCGAUUAAAAAUUAUAAACCAAUGCAAUUUUAAGGCAUUAAUACUGUUGGUAACAAGAUCGAUCGAUAAUGAUGACAUUGGAAAAAUUUCAAGAAAUUCUGGUAUCUUUCUUGCAGUUUCGAUUGGAAGCGUUCGAACAUUUUUGCGAACUCGUAUCGCGCAAUAUAUCUGAACAAAGUCAAGUGGCCGUCGAACGAAGAUACGAUAGAACGAUUAAUGCACGAUAAGCUACUGAAAGUAUUGGAAAGCUACUGUAAAUUGGAUUAUUUUUCAUUAGAAUGGUUACUUUGGUCGUUGCAAAAAUUUUCUGCCUCACUUUUUUUUUUUACAAUAAUCACAGCUCUACUGUACCGUAUUUUAUCUUGUUCGUGUGUACCUGCAGACCCCUGGUCCCUGUAGCUUGAUUUAUUUAAAAGUAGCAGUGCAGCGAUCGGCAGUCAGACGAAUACGACGUUGAGGCUGUCAGUUGACUUUGUUCCGAACCGAACAUUCACGUGUGCACGUGGUUACGCGCGUAUUGCGAGCGCAAACGCACACUCGUAGUGCCUACGUUUUAUUUUUGUCCCGCUCGCAUCGUCGUGUCUUUGCCACGUAAGUAUGUUACGCGCCGUUUGGAAGAGCGUCGGCGAUGCGAGCGAGUCGAUACUUUUAAGAAGACUCGACGAACGAGCAGAGUAACCUCUCCAGUUCGCACAGUGCCUUAGCCUUAGUACGGGAAAUUUUUACAGAUCGCGGCGUCGAUCGAUCGAAAAUUGAGAGCCUAGACUAGCUUUAGGCGUCUCCAAUUCUUCUCGCUAGUUCGACAGCGUCUCCCGAAGGAGAUCAAUUAGACAAUGCGAGUUCAUUCGGCGCUGUACACUCCGCGGUAUCGCCCACUGAAAGAAGCUGGGUUCCCUUUUUCGAAGCGUUUUUUUUUUUCUUAUUCUGCACCCAGAUAUUACUGCCUCUCGACGCGUCCGAAGACGCACCAGAACGACUGCCGUAUAUUAGAUCUACAUAUUAGAUCGAUGAAACCUAAAUACCAUCGAGAAACAUGGGGACGAGUCUUACUCGCGAGAAUUGAACAACCACGGGCUGCUCACUCGUCGAAUAUAGUCGCGAUCUUUUCGACUCCGUGAAUCAAAUAUAUAAAUAAAUAUAAAUAUAUAUAUUUAGAUAUGUUAGCUUCGCGGACAUCUGCGUCGCGAAGCGUAGUCGAAGUGAUAGGGCGAACGCUAAAAAUCUUGCGGAGCGCGUACUUCGAUGGUCGAAGGAAGCGCUCCUUGAAUGCUAGUCAUAAAUGUCGCUCGUCUUCCUCUUGGAAUUUGAUCGCUCCCUAGCGAUUCCUAGCGAGACCUAGGGUCGAAAGGAUUCCAAGGGGAGGGACGAGCGAGCGAUCGAAAUGACGAAUCGCACGUCGACGCCGUUAGAAACGAUUCGACCGACCGAUUCAAAAUUCAGAAUCCUUUGUGUACGUUGGAACGCGCACAGCUGAAAGAACGUGUCGCGGAGAAGUGUGGCGAAAUUUAGCAUAAUUGAGUGCAUCGACGGCGACACUGGUAACGACGAACUUCCUUUAGCGCCUAACGGAAUAGUGGGGAAAGCAGAGACAUAUUAUUUUUUACUGUACCUAUCAAAAUGAUUGCGUUUAAACGGCUGAACAAAUUUCAAUAAAGCUUUGCAUUUAACUUUUAUGUUCUCGUUUGAAAGUCUAUGUUAGGUCCGGGUACCUGGGUACAUAGGUGCAGCACAAAAAUUUCUUUUUUUUAAAUAGUCACAAUAUGAUCAGGGAGUCUUGAAACGUGUAUUUCCGUUAAAAAUAAUUGUCGAAAUUUGUAUUCAGUAUAGUACCUUAUACCUACAUAGGUU